CCCCGCGCGCACCGGGCACACACCCUCGCGGCUCGGCCAAUGGGGAGCGGCGGCGUGGCCACGUCACGGGCGCGGGGGAAGCUCCUCAAUGAGCGCGGUUGGCGCGGGGAGCGCGCGGCGCUGCCGGGGCCGCUCCGCUCCCACCGAUCUGAACUGAACCGAGCCGACCCGCUCCCGCCAUGAUCGCUUCGCACCUCCUCGCUUACUUCUUCACUGAGCUCAACCAUGACCAGACACAGAAGAUUGAUAAGUACCUGUACCACAUGCGGCUCUCUGAUGAGACCCUCCUGGAGGUGUCCCAACGGUUUGAGAAGGAGAUGGAGAAGGGUCUGGGAGCAGAUACCAACCCCACCGCCUCUGUGAAGAUGCUGCCUACCUUCGUCAGGUCCACCCCAGAUGGGACAGAGGAUGGGGACUUCCUGGCGCUGGACCUUGGGGGCACCAACUUCCGAGUGCUGCGGGUGAAGGUGUCGGACAAUGGGCUGCGGAAGGUGGAGAUGGAGAACCAGAUCUACGCCAUCCCCGAGGAGCUCAUGCGUGGCAGCGGGGUGCAGCUUUUCGACCACAUUGCUGAGUGUUUGGCCAACUUCCUGGACAAGCUGCAAAUCAAAGACAAGAAACUCCCCCUUGGCUUCACCUUCUCCUUCCCAUGUCACCAGACCAAGCUGGAUGAGAGCAUCCUGGUGACCUGGACGAAGGGGUUCAAGUGCAGCAGCGUGGAGGGGAGGGACGUGGUGUCACUGCUGCGCAAGUCCAUCAAGAAAAGAGGGGACUUUGACAUUGACAUUGUAGCCGUGGUGAAUGACACUGUGGGAACCAUGAUGACCUGUGGCUAUGAUGACCACAACUGUGAAGUUGGCCUCAUUGUUGGUACUGGUACGAACGCCUGCUACAUGGAGGAGAUGAGGCACAUUGACCUGGUGGAAGGGGACGAAGGUCGGAUGUGCAUCAACAUGGAGUGGGGGGCCUUUGGUGACGAUGGGGUGCUCAACGACAUCCGCACUGAGUUCGACCGUGAGAUUGACAUGGGCUCACUCAACCCUGGCAAACAAUUGUUUGAGAAGAUGAUCAGCGGGAUGUACAUGGGAGAGCUGGUCAGGCUCAUCCUGGUGAAGAUGGCCAAGGAAGGGCUGUUGUUCGGGGGAAGGCUCACGCCGGAUCUGCUCACCACUGGCCACUUUGAGACCAGAUUUGUCUCUGCCAUUGAGAAGGAGAAGGAAGGGCUGCAGAAAGCCCACGAGAUCCUGAGCAAGCUUGGCCUGGAGCCAUCACAUGAGGAUUGCCUGGCCACGCUGCGCAUCUGCCAGAUCGUGUCCACGCGCUCGGCCAGCCUGUGCGGGGCCACGCUGGCCGCGGUGCUGCGCCGCAUCAAGGACAACAAGGGCGUGGAGCGGCUGCGCUCCACCGUGGGUGUGGAUGGCUCCGUCUACAAGAAACACCCGCACUUUGCCCGUCGCCUCCACAAGACCGUGCGGAAGCUGCUGCCGGACUGUGAGAUCCGGUUCAUCCGCUCAGAGGAUGGGAGUGGCAAAGGGGCGGCCAUGGUGACAGCAGUGGCCUACAGGCUGGCUGCACAGCACAAGGCUCGGCAGAAGAUCCUGGAGCCCCUCAAGUUGAGCCAUGAGCAGCUGCUGGAGGUGAAGGAAAGGAUGAGGAUAGAGAUGGAGAAAGGGCUGGGCAAGGAGACGCACGCGGAAGCAACAGUGAAAAUGCUGCCCACCUAUGUGUGCUCCACUCCCGAUGGAACAGAAAAGGGAGAUUUCCUUGCCCUGGACCUGGGAGGAACCAACUUCCGCGUGCUGCUGGUGCGCGUCAGGAACGGGAUGCGGCGUGGGGUGGAGAUGCACAACAAGAUCUACUCCAUCCCUGUGGAGAUCAUGCAGGGGACAGGAGAGGAGCUCUUUGACCACAUUGUCCACUGCAUCUCUGACUUCCUGGAGUACAUGGGAAUGAAGGGUGUAUCGCUCCCGCUUGGAUUCACCUUCUCCUUCCCUUGCAAGCAGAACAACCUGGAUGAGGGAAUUCUCCUGAAGUGGACAAAAGGUUUCAAGGCAACGGGCUGCGAGGGAGAGGACGUGGUGGGCCUGCUGAAGGAGGCCAUUCACAGGAGAGAGGAAUUUGACCUGGACGUGGUGGCAGUGGUCAAUGACACAGUUGGCACCAUGAUGACCUGUGGGUACGAGGAUCCCUACUGUGAAGUUGGGCUGAUUGUCGGCACGGGCAGCAAUGCCUGCUACAUGGAGGAGAUGAGGAAUGUGGAGCUGGUGGAAGGGGAUGAGGGCAGGAUGUGUGUCAACAUGGAGUGGGGAGCCUUUGGGGACAGUGGGUGCCUGGAUGACAUUCGGACGGAGUUCGACGUGGCAGUGGAUGAGCUGUCCCUCAACCCUGGGAAGCAGAGGUAUGAGAAGAUGAUCAGUGGGAUGUACCUGGGGGAAAUCGUCCGCAAUAUCCUGAUGGACUUCACCAAGAGAGGGCUGCUCUUCCGGGGACGGAUCUCGGAGAGGCUGAAGACCAGAGGGAUCUUUGAGACCAAGUUCCUGUCCCAGAUAGAGAGUGACUGCCUGGCACUGCUCCAGGUGCGCUCCAUCCUGCAGCAUCUGGGCCUGGAGUCCACGUGUGACGACAGCAUCAUCGUGAAGGAGGUGUGCACCGUGGUGGCGCGGCGUGCGGCCCAGCUCUGUGGCGCUGGCAUGGCUGCCGUGGUGGACAAGAUCCGCGAGAACCGCGGCCUGGACUUCCUCAAAAUCACUGUUGGUGUGGACGGCACACUCUACAAGCUGCACCCUCACUUCUCCAGCAUCUUGCAUGAGACAGUGAAGCAGCUGUCCCCCAAGUGUGAAGUGACCUUCCUGCAGUCGGAGGACGGCAGCGGCAAAGGCGCCGCGCUCAUCACGGCCGUGGCCUGCCGCAUCCGUGAGGCUGGGCAGCGGUAGAGGGAAGCAGGUUUGCCUGAGAGCUUGGUUUCAGCAAAACAGGAUGUUUCCCCACCCAAUCCCUCCCUCUCUUCACACACUCACACACCCAUACACCCCCGCCUCCAAGCAGACUCAUAGCUUUACUUGUUCUCUGAGGAACCACGGUGAGACUGGAGACACCGUGGGCUCUGUACAAAGUCUUGUUGUAGGAAUUUUCUUGCAUGCCAUAAAACCACCUGUUGAGUAAAGCUCACAGUGUCUUUUGGCUUCUCCCUGCAUUUCCAGGUGGAGCUGGAGCUGUCCCAUGCACAGCCUCUGUCACACCCCAGCUCUAUUCCCAUGCUCUGAACCACUGGCCCUCCCCUAACAACAGUAGGGAUAACACUGGGAUAAUUAAGACACUGCAUUGUCACUUUAACAGUACCUAUUUAUGUAUGCCGGAGUUGUAGCUGUCCUUGCUGUAGAAGCAAACCUCUAAGAUUGGGCUAAAGACCUCCACUAGUCUUUUACCCUGAUCAAGGCUGUAUUAUUUCCAUGAAAGUCAUGGUAACUCUUAAAGCACAGGGUGCAGAAUUCCACUGGCGUGGCCACGGCUGCACUGGAGAUACCACGUAUCUCCCUUGGUGAGCAAUACUAGAGAACCUGCUGGAGCCAGGCCAGGGGUGCCCCUUGGCUGGCUCCAGCAGAGCAUGUGCCUGGAAAUAAUUGGGGACUCAGGGUCUAAUUCCAUUUCCUGACCUCUCACCCACACCCUGAGUAGCCUGUAGGAACGUGGUGUGUACGUAGGGUUGUGUUUCUCUCCUGGACACCACUACCCUUUCCCUGGUGCAUGUGUGGGCAUGAGGAGCUGCUGCCACGGGUCAGUGUCUCCCCUGCCAAGCCCCAAACUUGUGGCUGUGUAUCUGACCUUGGUGUGGAGAGUCUGGUUUGCUUUGUGUCUGUGAAAUAGUUCUGUGGCUACAGCCUUUAGGUGGCACCUGGAUUUAUACACUGUGUAUUUAUGUUUGAAGAGAUCUGAUGUCUUUAUAUGUACAUAGUCUUGGGGGGGGGUGGUGUAUCACUUAGUUUUAACCACCUUUUCAUGUUGUUGAAGAACAGUACAGAGUAAUUAUUUUCUUUUGUUUUUAUUCUGUUGUGUAAUUUUUUUUUAAUUUAAAAUUUUCUUGGGGUAGACUGGAGAAAGAGACCCAAAUACCUGAAGACUGUUGUACAAGGGGUUUGGGCAUUCUGACUAUCACCAGGACAAAAGGGAAAGCAGAAAGCCAGGGACAUGGUGUGCAGGAGCAGCAGGGCCCUGUGGUCAUGCUGUCGGGUUCAGGCUGGGUUUAACUUUAGGAGAGGUUUUAUUUUGUCCCCUGCCCUCCCCAGCCAUGCUCUGGAAGGUCACAUCCAUGGGUGGAUGACAUCACCCAGGACCCGGCAGGGCUCUUGACCUCCCAUGUGGCAUCCUUAGGGCUGCCUGGGAGCGUCCCCAGGGACCCCUGUGCCCACAGCAGCACUUGUGUGCCAUGGCCAAACACAGGGGUCCAUUUUUACCAACAGGAACCUCUGGAUGAACUAAAAGCUCCAGGUCUCUGCCUCAGUGAGCAAAGGCAAAUGGUGGGAAGGAGGGUUUCUGUAAAUAUUUAGUAGAAGUUAAUGAAAUUCCAGUGAUGUACAAAAGAAAAUAAUAACUAAUAAUCCCCACAAACAGCCCUUCAGAUUGGAGGAUAGAGUUUUUGUCUAUUUUUAUGUAUAUUUUUAUACUGCUUGGGGUAACCUCAUUACCAAAAGUCUCUCUUCUGUGUUGAGGGUCAAGUUCAGUAGCACAAUUUUAAAGCAAAAAUUACUCUUUUGGGCAUUUUAAAUGCUUAUUUUUUAUAAGCCUCAAGACAAUUACAACGAAUAAAAUCUAUGUAUAGAAAUUAUGUAAGAAGCCAAGUUUAGUGGAAGUUUUAGAAGCUGUCAAAUAAAUCUUCAAAGGAUGAUACAGGAAACCUCUUAUCUGGUACCAAGCAGUUUUGUGUGAUUUUUUUUCCUCAGAAAACCAGCAUUUUGCCUACUGAAAAAUCAAAACAGAAGUCUUUUUUGCUGCUGCACUGUGCAGCGUUGCAUUAGUGGCUGUUUUUACUCUUAGCCAGCUGUAGCCCUUCUGAAAUCCAUAGUGUUUUCAUCAGUUAGUGAGUGAAAUUUUAUAUAACAGUAGUUUUGGGGGCAAAAUGGGAAGGAUUGGGGACCUGCUUUUGAUUCAGGCUCUGCUGAAGCAGGGGACUGACAGGGUGAGAGGGAAGUUGGGGAGCUGAGGUACCUGGCAGGGAGCAGGGUCACCACAGUCCCCUCUCCUGUCUGGGAUGACGGAAGGGCUGUAACUCCGCAGGUGUGAGGAAAGAUCACCCUGAGCUUGCAGAGUGAUGGAGGAUUUUUGGCUGGGCUUGGUCAAAGGGAUACCCACCUGGAUAUCCAAGGCUCCCAUAAUGCUGGAAAGCUUGUGCUUAGGUUCAGAAUCAAGCAGGGUCUGGAAUGUUCCCAGCUAAAAGCAGUACUUGAAGAGUUACAAGACACCUGUGUUACCUGUGGGUGCAGAUCCACCCUCCCCGGGGCUGCAGGGAGGGUUUGGGGAACACCUGGAGCAGUCUGUGCUCCCUGGGGUCCCCAGGGGGAUAAGCACUUGAGGUGUUGGAUGUACAGUCUGACUUUGAUGGCUGGGACUGGAACCUCACGCCAAAAUGUCGCCAUGAGAUGUUUUGUGAAUGUGUUUAAAAUGAAGAAGGGAAGAUUAACUCCUAAUUAUUGAUAUGAAGGGAAGAUCAAAUGAUUAACUGUAGGGACAAGAGAGACAGACUGCUCAGCCUUAUUUGCCCUGUCUGCAUCUUCCCUGCAGCAAGAAGUGCUGCUCUGUGGACUUAGGAUGGUUUUGUUUUGCUUGGUUGUUCCCAUCUGGAUGCAUUUUCUUUGAGCUCCCGGGGUGCUGGAAUGUUCUCUGGCCAUGCAGGCAGCAAGGAACAGAGUUUCUGCCCUUCCCUCCCUGGCAAAUCUCUCCUCGUUGGUACUUUGGACAGGAUUUUAUUGGGGUUUUAAUAUAUAUAUAUAUGUAGAUAUAUAUAAACACAAUCAGCAAAUUACUGAGCCUUGCAAGCAGAAUUUGCCUCUUCCCUUCCUGGAGUCCAAGGCUGGGAGGGAGAAGCUCCUGCUCAGUGGCCCAAGGGGUAUCAGUGGGGCACAGAUCUCUGGCCUGACAGCAGCUCAUGUGCAGUUUGACCUGAGAUAAUUCGAGAUAACUCCGUGACUGCUCUCCCUUAUCAGGCAAUCCAAACCCAUCUGGCUGUCAGAGAGAUAAGAGGGGGUAAAAGGUCCAAGUGCAUGGGAGGGGUGUAAAAAGGUGGCAAAAUGCACCCUGCAGGGGUUGUGAGGUCCAAGGUAACAACAAAAUAACCUAGAAUGUGGGGAGCCCUUGCCCCAGUCCCCUCCCCUCCAAACGAGAAAAAUGCCUGCUUUGGGCAGAUCCUUCGCUUGCUCUGGUAGAAAAAUGGGCACUGAAGGCAAAAAGAGGCAUUUCCUGUUCUAAAGGUAAUUUGGAGAGAGGAACAUUCUUCCCCUUGUGAUAUCCCUGACCAGUCUGAAAUCCUUCUGGCCUGAAGCAAAGAAAAUGGAUCCUGAUGUGGGCGCUAGCUCCGUGCAGGCAGGGGAGUCAUAAAGCCAAAGACUGUGCAGCUGCUGGCAGAAACUAGUGCUGUAGAUUCACCUGAUGUUGUUCUUUCGUGUUUACAAUAUUUAUUUUUAGCAAUUGACUGCAAUGAUAUUAUAUAUAGGCUUCCUUAUUUUUGUACUUUUAAUAUCGUUUUCCUGAGUGUGGUGUUGUACUGCUCAGCUCUCCUUGGCCACCACUGCUGCUCCUAGUCAGUGACAAUAAAUGAGAGAAAAACAACCACCACCCA